UUAUUUUGAGGGUAUUGAAAAGGUUUCAGGUUCUUCUUUUUCUUUUGCUUCUUCUUAAGCUCUCUCUAUAUUUGAAUGGGUCUUCUUCCAUUGAUUUUCACCUCCAAAGCUUCCCACUUUCACAAUCAAACAACUUUCCGUUAACAACCCAUUAUUCAAAAUGACCAGUUCUACUACUACACAGGAUGUCAUUUCCCCCCCACAUUUCAAGGAUCUCGCCAUUAAACUCUUCGGCCGGACCAUCCCUUUGCCGGAAUCCCAGAUUUCCGCCGCCCCUCUUCAUAAUCCGGAUGCUUGCAACAAUUUGAAAAAAGCUGAGCAGUCAGUCUCGGGUGCAGAAGACUCUUGCCCGUCAGAGAGGUCUUCGGUAUUGGUGGGGGAUAAUGAAGAAAACCAAGCUUCGAACGUGAUGUCGAACAAGGGAGAAUCGGAACUACCUUUGAAAGAAGAGCAGGCGGAUGGUAAUGGCACGGAUCAAGAAAGAGCAUUUAAAAAGCCAGACAAAAUCAUUCCUUGUCCUAGAUGUAAUAGUUUGGAAACAAAAUUCUGUUACUUCAACAACUACAAUGUCAAUCAACCUAGGCAUUUCUGCAAGAACUGCCAAAGAUAUUGGACUGCUGGUGGGACGAUGAGAAACGUUCCUAUCGGUGCUGGACGACGAAGAAACAAGCAGUUGGCAUCUCAAUACCGACAGAUAAUAGUAUCCUCCGAGGGAGUUGCUACAGCGCGUUUGGAAACUUCGGAUGCAACAAAUCACCAUCAUCUACUCUCAAGCGUUGAGUCUCCUCCUGCUUUGAGGCCUUCUAAUGGAAGUAGUACUGUCCUAAAGUUUGGACCUGAAGCACCACUUUGCGAAUCGAUGGAGACUGUGCUGAGUCUUGGAGAUCAGAAGAGAUCCAUUGAGAUUGGCUCUGCAUAUUGUGGAGACAGUCCUGAAGAACCAUCCUCGUGCGGAUCUUCCAUGACAACUACUAGUAUUUGUGGAAACGAAUUGUCUAAAAGUGUCAUCGAGAGGCCAGAGGCAGUUAGAUUGUCCAACUCUAGUAGUGAUAUCACAGCAUCAAAUACGGUUCAUUGUUACCCCCGUUCCGCAAUUGGUUUUUCCAUUGAAUCAGGGCGGAAGCAGCCUAAUUUCAUCAGCAAUGACACAAAGUUCAGAUAGCACAAGUGUACCAAAUAUAAGCAGUCAUCCCAAUCCACCAGUUCAGUGGCUCCCAGCAACAAUGCUGGCAGUUCCAGGCUUUUGCACUCCAAGCCUUCCAUUACAAUUCGUCCCAGCCUCAUGUUGGGGUUGUACGCCCGUAUGGACUUCUACCGGUACUGGGAAUUUAACUGUUGUUCCUUCCGAUGUCUGUGCAUCUCAAACAUCCACCUGCCCCACGAGCUCAUCGCCUACACUUGGCAAGCAUUUGAGAGAUACAAACAGCUUAGCAGAGGAUGAGAAGUCAGAGAAAUGCGUGGUGGUUCCAAAGACGUUACGAGUGGAUAACCCAAGCGAGGCUUCAAGGAGUCCUAUAUGGACCACAUUUGGAAUUCAUCCAUAUCCAAAGGAAAACAUUUCGAAAGGUAGUGUUUUUGAAACUUCAGAAACUACUAAUGCAGAUAGCAAAGGUCAUUUUAGGGAUACUCCUCAAAUUUUGGAAGCAAAAACUGGAAGCUUUUAUUCUCUUUUAUAGAUUUUCCAUCAGAGCACAUAAAAAUGUAUUUUUUUUUUUUUUUUGUUUUUAAUCUUAAAAGCUGUUUAUAAAUCUCUGAAAGCUUGGAAGAAAUUUGGUACAUAAGGUUUAUCAUGUGUUCUUUUGUUCCACAGUUUAGUAUC